AUGAGUGGAGGAGGCAUCCCGUAUCUGGGUAGCAAGAUAAGCCUCAUUUCGAAGGCUGAGAUUCGCUAUGAGGGCAUUCUGUACACUAUCGACCCACACGAGUCCACUGUUGCUCUAGCGAAAGUUAGAUCUUUUGGUACUGAAGAUCGUCCAACUGACCGUCCUGUAGCUCCAAGAGAUGAAGUAUUUGAAUACAUCAUAUUCCGAGGCAGUGACAUUAAAGAUAUUCAUGUUUGCCAGCCUCCUAAACCCCAACCUCUGCAAGGACUACCACAAGAUCCUGCCAUUGUCAAGUCAUCCCAGCCUGUGACAACCACUUCCUCUUAUCCCUUACAACAACAGCAACAACCUCAGCAGCAGCAUGGCUAUGGAGGACAAUCUUACCAACCAUUUGGAGGAGCCCAACUUUAUGGCGGUCAGUAUGGUGGUCACCAAUCCUAUCAUGGUAGUAGUCACUCUCAGUCUGUCGCAGGUUCUCGGGGUCCUACACCACCACCCAGUCGUAAGUCUCCAACCUCUGAUCAAGGGACCCAAAUCAAUACUGAUGAUGGGAAAGGCUAUUCAACUAAAGGACAGCAGCAGCAGCAACAACUGUCACCAGUUGACCGUCGUGACCAGCGCAAAAAUCAAAGGGAUCAGCAGGCUAACCGUACCACAACUUUUACCCGUGGAAGGGGUGGAAGAGGAGGUGUUUCCCGAGGAAGAACUCGUGGAGUUGCCCGUGGGGUUUCCCGUGGAAGAGGUGGUGGCAGACAGCCUUCAGAGCCACUUAAGUUUGAAAAUGAUUAUGACUUUGAAAGUGCAAAUGCAGAGUUUGAAGAAAUGGAAAAAGAGCUGAAGAAAUUAACUCUAACUGAAAAGAAUGCCAAUGUUGUGGUAAAUGGAGAGAAACCAGCAGAAAAUGUAGAUGAAGGUGAAGAAGCUGAAGUUGAUGAUGUAAAGAAGGAAGAGAAAAAAGAUGAAGAAAUAGUUUACUAUGAUAAAGCUAAAUCCUUCUUUGACAAUAUUAGCUGUGAAGCCACAGAGCGUGAACAGGGUCGUGUAAAUAGGACGAGUUGGAGGGAAGAACGGAAACUCAAUGCUGAAACAUUUGGAGUUUCAGAACGAUACAGAGGUCGAGGUAGAGGUUUCAGAGGAAGAGGUGGCUUCAGGGGACGAAGGGGUAGAGGUGGUAGAGGUGCUAACCGUGGUGGAAACUACAGAGGAAAUUACCGGGGCAAUAUCCGACGAAAUUCCGGAAAUGCUGGAUGGGGUGACUCUGGAUGGGGUGACAAUCAACAAAAUAAUGAAGCAAACACAAAUGGAGAAAAAGAGCCUAUGGGCAAGAGGCCCAUUGUUGCUUUCACCUAG